AUGCAGGACUCCAAGGACGAAUCUCAUGCUGUCUGCGUGGCGCAGAUGAAAAAGCUUGACGACGAGGUCAAUGAGGAGCUGGUUGCCACGGAGCCCUCGGAGGAGACUGCCGAAGACAAGGCUCCUUCCCCCUCGACAGAGACGAGAAAGCUUCAGGACGAAGACAGUCAGAAGCUUGCUCCCUCGGUACCUCGUCAGGAAGCUGAGAAUGGCGGAGAGCAGGACUCGGACGAUGAUUUUCAUUCAGCCUUCAUGGCGGAGAUGCGAAGGCUUCAUGGCGAAGACCGCCAGAAGCUGAACACUUCGGGGCCUUCCGGGCAGAUGCCCGAGUGGUCCAAGGACUUCGAGGCCUCGGCGAAGUUCCUGGGAGCCCGGCCUGGCUUCGUCUUCAAACGCGGCCGGCGCGGGCUCGGCUACUACCGUGACCUCGGACCUUUCCACGACCCUUCUCAGGAGCGGGCACAAGCGAGUGGAGUGUUGCCCGACUUCCGUCGAACUCGCAAGGCCAAGAGGCCUUUGGAGGAGGUCGACGGUGAAGUUGCAGAGCAGGAAGCAGAUGAUGAGGCGGAAGAAGACAUGGAGGAAGAUCCCGACGAGGCGGCCGAGGCGGCCGAGGCGAUAGAAACUUCGGAUGCCAAGGGCCAGGAGACAGAGAAGGUGGUGGAAACCAAGAAAGAGAAGCGACGGAAACGACGCGAGGCAAAGGAAGCCGAAGCCAAGGCCAAGGCAGAAGCAGCGAAAAAGCGUGCUCGAGACGGCUUUGGUGAGGGCGAUGGGGAUUGGAUGGACAGUGAUCCCGACAGGAGCGAGCAGUCGAGUGAAGAACAGAUGGAGUCCUACUUCGAUUUGGUCAAGCGGUACACCACGAAGAAAACGCUGCCUACGGUGGACCAUGAUAAGAUCGAGUACAAGUCCUUCCGCAAAAACUUGUAUGUGCAGGUCAAAGAGAUCACGAACUUGAAGGAUCACGAGGUAGCGGAUCUCAGAAGAACACAUGGUGACAUCACAGUCAGGGGGAAGCGAUGCCCGAAUCCUGUCACAAGCUUCUUGCAGUGUGGCUUGCCUGACAAGAUCAUGAAGAUCAUGGAGAAACGUGACUAUGAAAAGCCAUUCCCUAUACAAAUGCAGGCAAUUCCUGCGUUGAUGUGCGGCCGAGACGUCAUAGGUGUCGCCCAGACAGGUUCCGGCAAGACUCUUGCGUAUCUGCUGCCGCUCAUCAGGCACAUCUUAGACCAGCCGAAGCUUGGAAAUGGUGAUGGCCCGAUUGGAUUUGUGGUCGCACCUACUCGUGAGCUUGCGCUACAGAUCCAGCGCGAGGCAAGCACUUUCUGCAAAGCUGUGCACUUGAUCAGCGUUUGCGCAUACGGCGGCGGACCGAUGGGUGAGCAGCUCUCGGCUUUGAAGAAAGGAGCUGAGCUGCUGGUCGGCACGCCCGGUCGCCUCAUCGACGUCCUCACGACAUCAGGUGGGAAGAUCACCAACCUCAGACGAGUAACUUUCUUGGUAUUGGACGAGGCUGAUCGCAUGUUUGACAUGGGGUUCGAGCCGCAGAUCGGCAUGUUCUUGCAGAGCACUCGUCCCGACAAGCAGGUGGCGAUGUUUAGUGCAACUUUGCCAGCACAUGUUGAAGCUUUGGCCAGAAAGGUGCUGAAGAAGCCUUUGGAGAUUUCUGUUGGAGAGAAGAACACAGCGGCUUCCAACGUGACGCAGUUCGUUGAGGUUCUGGAUGAGAGCCAGAAGUUUUAUCGGCUGCUUCAACUUCUGGGAGAGUGGCAUGAGCACGGUGCAAUCAUGAUUUUCGUCCAUCAACAGAAGGACGUGGACGAGAUGUUUACGGAACUCCUCAAGUAUGGAUACCCUCCGCUUGCGUUGCACGGGGGCCAGGACCAGCAAGACCGUGAUUUCACCCUCCAAGACUUCAAAGAUGGCAUAUCGAACAUCCUCAUAGCAACAUCUGUUGCUGCUAGAGGCAUCGAUGUCAAAAAUGUCAUCUUGGUGGUCAAUUUCAAGGUACCCGACCACUUGGAAGAUUACAUUCACCGCAUUGGCCGCACCGGCAGGGCUGGGAAGGCAGGCUUCGCCUACACCUUCAUUCAGCCUGAUGAAGCAGACCGAGCUCAGGACCUGGUGGAUGCGCUGCGACAGUGCAAUCAAGAGGUACCCCUGAAGCUCAAGGCCCUAGCAGAGGAACACCAGACUGCGGUGAACACCGGCCAAGCUCAAAAGCGAAAACGAUGGGGUGGCUUUGGCGGGAAGAGCUUCAAGUACGACAACACGGAGAAAAGCAGGCAGCAGCAAGAGCGGCAGCAGGCAAAGAGUGAUCUUUUGAUUGGAGACUUCGAGGAGGAGGACGAGUUCAAAGAUCCUUGGUUGGAGCCGGACAAGCCGGCCAAGGGUAGAGGCAAGCAGCGAGAUGACAAUGCGUCUACCAAAGCAGCCGGGACCACCGACACUGUGGCGGCAGCAGCCAACGUGGCUGCCAAGAUGCAGGCCAAGAUUAAUGGAGGGACUGAGGAUGCCACCCCUGGCAACGCAGGGGCUGCUCUACAGCCUUCGCCAUCCCUCAAAACCAAGGCGAUGCCGAAAAGAUCUGAAAAAGAGAUACAGGAGCAAGCUCGCCAGAUGGCCAAGGACACCUUAAGAAGCCUUCCUGAAGAGGUGCAGGAGAAGCAGUUGCCAGCGCUAAUCGAGAAAUUGGUGAACAAACUCAGGAAAGCCGAGCAGGAAAAGAUGGAGGAAGUUGUGGCAGUUCCGGCACCGCCACCCGUGGCUGAGGUGAAAGAGCCGGAACCUCCUCCACCGACCCCUGCCAUGAAGGCUAUUCCAUUGGUUCCCGGAGUUUUGGGACAAGGCUUGGUGCCGGCCAAAGCAACCAUGGUCACUAGUGCCAUCGAGUCGCUGCAGGCGCAAGCCGCUAAGCCUGGCGCGGGUACCGCGCACCUUGCGGAGGAGAAGGCUGCGAAGAUGCUCGGUGCAAAGGACAUUCCUGCUGGAAUGUGCAGUGAUGAGCUCGAGAUCAAUGACUACCCGCAAAUUGCGCGACAGAAGAUCACGCAUCGGGAUCCGCUUGUCGCAAUCGAAGAGAUGACUGGUGCGAAAGUACAGGUCAAGGGCCAACACUUCGCUUCGGCAGCACGAAUGCCUGAAGGUGCGAAGAAGCUGUACGUUGAGAUUAUAGGUCCGACACAGGUCUCCGUGGCGAAAGCCAAGCAUGAAGUCUACAAGAUGAUGGAGGCUCUGGCAAUCAGAACCCUCAACAUUCCUGGAUUGACGCGUGCAGUGACGGGCGCUCCGGGAAGGUACGAUCCGGUCGUCGGCAAGUAG